ACUUUUAAUAGCUGCCUGCCCCUUAGGGCGUGCCCGCAAACUGCACCUCCCUUUCCCGCUCUCUAAUCUUGUGAUCUCGUUUUCCGGAGAGCUGCUUCUUUUUCCCGCGCGGUCUGCUCCUCUCGCUCACCUAGGAUAAUGGCGACAGCCGAAGUCCUGAACGUCGGGAAGAAACUCUAUGAGGGUAAAACAAAAGAAGUCUAUGAACUGACAGAUAGUCCAGGCAGAGUCCUCCUGCAGUCCAAGGACCAGAUUACAGCAGGGAAUGCAGCUAGAAAGAACCACCUGGAAGGCAAAGCUGCAAUCUCCAAUAAGAUCACCAGCUGCAUAUUUCAGUUAUUAAAGGAAGCUGGUAUAAAAACUGCUUUCACUAAGAAAUUUGGGGAGACUGCUUUCAUUGCACCCCAGUGUGAAAUGAUUCCAAUUGAGUGGGUAUGCCGAAGAAUAGCAACUGGAUCUUUUCUCAAAAGGAACCCUGGAGUAAAGGAAGGGUAUAAGUUUUAUCCACCAAAAGUGGAGAUGUUCUUCAAGGACGAUGCCAAUAAUGAUCCACAGUGGUCUGAGGAGCAACUCAUCGCAGCAAAAUUUUGUUUUGCUGGACUUGUUAUUGGGCAGACUGAAGUGGACAUCAUGAGUCAUGCCACACGAGCUAUUUUUGAAAUUCUGGAGAAAUCCUGGCUGCCCCAGAACUGUACGCUGGUUGAUAUGAAGAUUGAGUUUGGUGUUGAUGUAACCACCAAAGAGAUUGUUCUUGCUGAUGUCAUUGAUAAUGAUUCCUGGAGACUGUGGCCAUCGGGAGAUCGGAGCCAGCAGAAAGACAAACAGUGUUACCGUGAUCUCAAAGAAGUAACUCAGGAAGGACUCCAGAUGGUAAAGAAAAACUUUGAGUGGGUUGCAGACCGAGUGGAGUUGCUUCUCAAGUCAGACAGUCAGUGCAGGGUGGUAGUGCUGAUGGGUUCAACCUCUGACCUUGGUCACUGCGAAAAAAUUAAGAAGGCUUGUGGAAAUUUUGGGAUCCCGUGUGAACUUAGAGUAACAUCUGCACAUAAAGGACCAGAUGAAACUUUGAGAAUUAAAGCAGAAUAUGAAGGGGAUGGUGUACCUACUGUAUUUGUCGCAGUGGCAGGCAGAAGCAAUGGUCUGGGCCCAGUGAUGUCUGGUAACACUGCUUACCCUGUUAUCAGCUGUCCCCCGAUCACACCAGACUGGGGUGUUCAGGAUGUGUGGUCAUCUCUUCGACUGCCCAGUGGUCUUGGCUGUUCAACUAUACUUUCUCCAGAAGGAUCAGCUCAGUUUGCUGCUCAGAUAUUUGGGUUAAACAACCAUUUGGUGUGGGCCAAGCUUCGAGCGAGCAUAUUGAACACGUGGAUAUCCUUAAAGCAGGCUGAUAAGAAAAUCAGACAAUGCAAUUUGUAAAAAAGCAACUUAAUUUUUAGGAGAAAAGUUACAUAUUCCUAGUUUGGAUUUAAAGAAAAAAAAUCAAGCAAAAUGAUUUCACAUAAGAGAAAACAAUUCAGUUUACUAAUGAACAAAUGGUCCUCAGUGUUUAUGAUUUGGUACAUUGUCAGUGGAUAUUAUUAAUAUUUUCUAGCUCUACAUAGUGAUAUGUCCCUGUAAUCUUAGUACUCUAGAGGCUGAGGCAGCAUGAUCACUAAGUUCAAGGCCAGCCUGAAGUGUGUAUUGAGACUCUGUACUUGCCAGGGAGGGAACCUUUACAGUUAGUAAAGUUGGCAUGAUACUGCUAAAUCAUAUGGAACUGGAGCGAUGUGUCUGUGGUUUGGCGUGGCUCUCUUGCAGAUAACCUGAGUUUGGUUCUCAGCAUCUUUGUAGACAUUAUACAAUAAAUAACCAAAACUCAGGGGAUCUGACCCCAUGGCUUCCUUAUGUACCUGCUCUCAAAUACUAUCACAUUCCCCCACCCAACACACAAUUUUAAAAAAUAAACUUUUUAAAAAGUA